AUGGAUUCAGAAACCAACCCUGCUAGCACCACUUCAAUUCAUGAGAUAGAUAACCAUUCCACAAGAUUACCCUUCCCAGAACCUCAAGAGCAAGAAUCGGAAUUAUCUCGCAACAUCAUAAACGACCAUCCCCUAGCUCGUAGAUCUUCAAGAACCAGGAAAACUCCUGAUUACCUGGAAGACUACGUCUCCGCAGCCACUGCUGAUAGAAGUGGAAACGAUGCGACACCUUCUUCACAGAAGAAAGUGUUUCGUGGGCGUCUAUCGGUUGUCUGCAUACCAAGCAUACUUUUAGGAACCGAUGUGGCGGUGGCAGCAGAGACUGGUAGUGGCAAAACUCAUGGCCACUUAAUUCCUCUUAUAAAUAAGCUAUGUGGGACAUCAGAUGUACCGGAAAGUGAACUAGGUGAUCAUAAACUGAAGAAGCAUCGCCAGCUUUCUCUUGUUCUCUGCCCAAAUGCAAUGCUUUUGGGUCGUACAGCUAGAGCAGGUCAACCUGGCCUUGUUACAAGCCUGUAUACAGAAGCAAACCGUGAUGUCGUUUCUGCAGUUCGUCAGGCUGAGAAGCUGGGUCUGACCAUGGUUUCAGUAAAUGCAGUGAUGCUUCAUCCAUUCUCCUGGCAGUUACAGCAUGAUGGUGGUGUAUAUAGAGGCGAAUUAAGUUUCAUGAACCUGGUGUACAAGGCUCCUACUAUAUAG